CGCGACUUGCACGAGAGGCCGGGCUCCGUCUAUAGGUCAUCAACAGAAGCCCAUAGAGAUCCCGGAAGCAGCUUGCCGCUCUGUCCGUGUUGAUGUUAUUACAGAUGUUGCUGAUGUUACCGAUGCGCUUUUGUCCGCUAACACAAAGGAGCAUAUCAUACCAGACGUGUGAGGUGCAGUUCAUGUCAUGCUCCUUUGUUAAUCGCAAGAGCUGAUUAGGAGACAAAACCACAGAACGAUUACGGAAAAGCUCAGUUCACAGUCUCAAUUUUCUACGGUAACCUGUGCGGACCAUAUUUAUGUUCGACGAAAACGCUUUGGAUAAAUUUGGAUAAACACGCAAUAGCAUUGUACAUUUCAUUGUACCCACCUCGCUAUCUCUUUUUCUGUUCAGAGUUUGUUCACUGGCGUAGCUGUUUCAACGAAUACUAGAUUAUGAAUGGAAAUAAAUCGAAAUAGGUUAGAUAAAUUUCACCUCUACAACACCUGCUUUCUGAUAUAAAAAGGCCGUGAAUAGAUUGCAAAAUACUGCAAAACGAUCCGGGUCUCGUUAAGCGCUUGUCUGUCAAACAUGAAAAAGCAGCCUCUAGCCUAAUAGUAUUGAUCUGACGAAGGUUCCCAAAGCAUAUUCUGCCUCGUGUUGAGGCUUGCGCCACUAAUCUUGACAAAUAAUCAGACCCACAGCGGAGUGAUCCAGGUGACAGGUGACAUGCCAUUAGAGCGUCACGUCAGGAUACCGGUGUCCGUCGCAAAGUGAGAACAAUAUGAAGGUGAAGCUCUACUACCAGCUCGGAGGGGUCGUGCUGCUUUUCGGAUUCACCGUCUAUCUGCUUCAUCGAUAUAUCAGCGCUUCACAUCUCGACGAAAGAAAUAUGGAGUUCCUGCAAGUCAAGCUUCAGGAUAAGCCACGCUUCCACUCCCCGCUUCUCAAAUUCUUCCAACUUCAUGAUCCUUUUGACAUCAGAUGGCAACAUGCAACAUCAUCCGAUCUGGAUACAGCUGGGGGUGACCGAAUGGUGAGCGUUGACAUCGACAGCAAGAUGACUCUCGAUCUGUGGCUGGACCACGCCAGGAAAUUACGGGACGUGGGACUGAAGCUUAACUUCAAGAACAUGAGCGUGCUCGAGACGUGUCUGCUCCAUCUCGACGACAACGGUUACAACAUUCACUACCCCGUCAUCGUCCACGGCGAUGUCGCACUCGGUAACGCUGAAGAACAAGGCGCGCUCCUGGCAGAUGUAUUCUUCUUCAAAAUACGAACGUCAUAUCCGUUAGUCACGUUUAGUGUCGGCCAUCUUCCCACCUCCGUCACCAACACAGUGCACCAGAUGUACAUGGAGGCCAUGUGGAAACAGCUCCGCAACUUCAAACAGCCCAUCUUCAUCACUGUCUGUGCAUCGGUCAUUAGAAGGUCGUGGCUUCCGGUCAAAUGGCUGCUCAAUCAGUCCCAGAAUAUUUCAUUGAUCAUUACAUAUUCCUCUGGUAAUGACGUUUGUUCCGAGGUGUCAGUCUUUGACCUUUUGUUCGUUUGGAAUGACUAUCCGAAGGAGAGGGUGUUUUUUGAUAUACCGGAAGUGAAUAUGGAACGCUUCCGCGCAGUCGCAACCACAGCAGGAAGUCCUCUGCAUUAUUUUGGGUUACAAGAUGCUGCAAAGGUUACGUGGGCCCAUCGCGUGACAAAUCUGAAGUAUAUGAACGAGGCUAUUAAAGGUGACGUCAUGUUCCUAGAAGGUGACGUGCUGCUUGAAGGCCACGACUCCAAACAUGACACCCCUAUUCCUAUAAUGGCUCAUCCACCGGAAGUACAUAGUGACCUGAGGGUCAAGGACUUCUUACAUAUGGCUUCAGCUUCCGGUAAAAGCAUCAAGCUGGAUUUCAAAAGCUUGGAAUCUUUGGAACCAUCACUGAGUCUUCUCGCAGAGAUGCAUAAAGAGGGUGGGAUCAAAGCGCCUGUGUGGAUAAACGCGGACAUUUUGACAGGUCCAAAUACUGACCAGAAAGGACUGAACGCGAGCGUCUUCCUCUCAAAAAUAAACACCAUUUUCCCGGAAGUGACAAUUUCAAUUGGUUGGACAACGGAAUGGUUGCCAACUGGUGAUAACGCGGGUUAUUCGUUCCCAAUGGUACAGACAAUGAACAAACACGCCAUAGUUUUGCGUCAGCCAGUCACGUUCCCCGUUCGAGCCUCACUUGUUCGAAAAUCAUGGGAGAACCUUGAUUGGCUGUUACACCAGUCACGUGGUUAUUCGUUAACUGUUUGGACCCCUUCGCCAAAUACGGACGUUGUGGAAUUAGAAGAUAUGCAGUUUGUCCGAAAGCAUUCCGAAGCAACGAAAGUUUAUUUUGAUUUGCCACAGGAUUUGAUGCCGACAUGAGAUACAAUAUUUGUGAAUUUACAAGACACGCUUUCUAUUGAUGUGGUAUUCGAAUGUAUUAGACUGUAGGGCAAGCUUUUUAAGAGAACGGAGUGUUAUGAGGGUGCAAUACUGACAAUACUCGACAUUCGAUGGGGAUAUUCUGAGUGGCUAGGUGGGGGGUAAAUCUGACUGGUUGUUUGCAUCCUCUAUAUUUCCUGGGCUCGCAUCUCGGUAAAUCGACACUACUAACACUGG